AUGGUUCAAGAAAGUUGUCAACUUGAUCGAGUAGCUGUGAACGAAUACUUGAGCAAAGAAUCCAAUGGAAAAGAAAUUCAAUAUUUAACAAAACCGGAAGAAUCAGUGGCGAAAAUAUUAUCCAACGAAACUGUAACAUUUGCUGAAAACGCUAAUAAUUCAAUAAAACAAGUCGAAACCGUUGCACAAUAUUCGUAUUAUAACGACAAACAGCAGCAUACCUUACUAAAUAUAUUCAGUAAGAUUGAUGCGAUACUGAUACUGGGGGCGGUACUAUCAAUUGUUAUUAGCUGCGUAAUGGUUACAAUCGAAAUUCGGAACUACAAACUGUAUCAAUUGGCUAAAAGCAAGCCUGUGAGACCGAUUUUAACCAGGGAAUUCUUGGAAAGAAUACGAAUUGAGCGUUACAACGCUAAGGGACGUGGCCAGAAAAAACAAGAAAUGGAAAAAUGA